GGAGAAGAUGGACAAAUCAAAAUUUGGUCAAAAACUGGGAUGCUCAGAUCAACAUUAGCUCAGCAAGGAACACCAGUGUAUUCAGUAGCCUGGGGCCCAGAUUCAGAGAAGGUUCUUUACACCGCAGGCAAACAGCUCAUCAUUAAACCUCUCCAACCAAAUGCAAAAGUUUCACAGUGGAAAGCCCAUGAUGGCAUAAUUUUAAAAGUAGAUUGGAACUCAGUCAAUGAUCUUAUUUUAUCUGCUGGUGAAGACUGCAAAUAUAAGGUGUGGGAUAGUUAUGGCCGCCUUCUGUACAACUCACAGCCUCACGAACAUCCCAUUACCUCAGUUGCCUGGGCUCCUGAUGGAGAGAUAUUUGCUGUUGGGUCAUUUAAUACUUUACGCUUGUGUGAUAAAACAGGGUGGUCCUAUGCUUUAGAGAAACCCAACACCGGUAGCAUAUUUAACAUCGCGUGGUCCAUCGAUGGCACUCAGAUCGCUGGAGCCUGUGGAAAUGGCCAUGUUGUUUUUGCACAUGUGGUUGAGCAACGUUGGGAGUGGAAAAAUUUUCAAGUGACAUUAACUAAAAGGAGGACCAUGCAGGUUCGUAAUGUUCUUAAUGAUGCUGUGGAUUUGCUGGAGUUCCGUGACAGAGUUAUUAAAGCCUCUCUGAACUACGCACACUUAGUUGUUUCAACGUCUCUUCAAUGUUAUGUGUUCUCUACAAAGAACUGGAAUACACCACUCAUAUUUGAUCUCAAAGAAGGAACCGUCAGUUUAAUUCUGCAGGCAGAGAGGCAUUUUCUUCUUGUUGAUGGUGGUGGUAUCUAUUUAUAUUCUUAUGAAGGACGCUUCAUUUCCUCUCCCAAGUUUCCUGGGAUGAGAACCGACAUUCUGAAUGCCCAGACUGUUUCUCUGAGUAAUGAUACCAUAGCAAUAAAAGACAAAGCUGAUGAGAAAAUCAUCUUUCUCUUUGAGGCGUCCACUGGCAAACCCCUGGGGGAUGGGAAGAGUCUUUCUCAUAAGAAUGAAAUCUUGGAAAUUGCUCUGGAUCAAAAAGGACUUACCAAUGAUAGAAAAGUUGCUUUCAUUGAUAAAAAUAGGGAUCUCUAUAUUACUUCAGUGAAACGAUUUGGGAAGGAAGAACAAAUUAUCAAACUUGGAACAAUGGUACACACAUUGGCAUGGUGUGACUCAUGCAAUAUCCUGUGUGGCCUUCAGGAUACUCGGUUCACAGUGUGGUACUAUCCCAACACUGUGUAUGUGGACAGAGACAUUUUGCCUAAAACGUUAUAUGAGAAGGAUGCAAGUGAAUAUAGUAAAAACCCUCAUAUUGUGAGUUUUGUGGGGAAUCAGGUAACUAUCAGAAGAGCAGAUGGGUCUCUGGUCCACAUCAGCAUAUCUCCGUAUCCUGCUAUUCUUCAGGAAUAUGUGAGCAGUUCCAAGUGGGAGGAUGCUGUAAGACUUUGUCGAUUUGUUAAGGAGCAAACCAUGUGGGCGUGUCUGGCUGCCAUGGCACUUGCCAACCGAGACAUGACCACUGCAGAAAUUGCCUACGCAGCAAUCGGCGAGAUUGAUAAGGUUCAGUACAUCAACUCUAUAAAAGAUCUUCCAUCCAAAGAAUCAAAAAUGGCACAUAUACUAAUGUUUAGUGGGAACAUACAGGAAGCUGAAAUAGUACUUCUUCAGGCUGGCCUUGUUUAUCAAGCAAUCCAGAUCAAUAUUAAUCUCUACAACUGGGAAAGGGCCCUGGAAUUAGCUGUAAAAUAUAAAACCCACGUAGAUACAGUGCUGGCAUACCGUCAGAAGUUUCUGGAGACCUUUGGUAAACACGAAACUAAUAAACGAUACUUGCAAUAUGCAGAAGGUCUCGAAAUAGAUUGGGAGAAAAUCAAUGCCAAAAUCGAGAUGGAAAUAACUAAAGAACGGGAGCGGUCCUCAAGCAAGAGUAUUGGGCUAAAGCACUGAACGCCAUCUCAGCCUUCAGGAAGUUACACCCAUAAAAGGAAUUCCCAUUUAACAGAAGAUAAGCAUGACAGCAGCCCUGGAGUCUAAAUUGGUGAAAUUCUUCCUCAGGUGAUAAACCUGCUCCAUGGACUAACCUUAACUCAGUAGGUUCCCUUGAAAGUGUGUUACAGUAACAUAAAUACCCUGAACUUGGUUUGGAAGUAGAGUGUUAUAGAGAGGGCACAGCCCAUGUAUA